AUGGUUUUGGAGGAAACGAAAGCUAUCAUAGCUGUGUGCGAUUUUUAUUUUUUACAAGAAGAUGGAGGCCGUUUCAAGAUCUCAUAUCCAUUCCGGCCAUAUUUGCACUUGGCAACAGUUCCUUCAUUCGAGUACCACGUUGCCUCGUAUUUAUCAAAGAAAUACCCGAAUGUAGUUACAGUUGAUAUUGUUGAAAAAGAAGAUCUCGAUAUGGUCAGUUAG